CAAUCUCCACGAUCAGAAUAAAUUGACAACGCUUCGAGAGUAGGUCAUGGUCAGAAUGAGAUUCACCUGUGGUGUGUUCAUUUUUUAUUUCAUUUCGUUUCAUUCAUAAAAUCAACACAGCAAUUUAAAGGCCAUGUUAAGUAAUCAUCAAUAAUGGUUUUUUAUAUUUUUUUUUACUGAAUUUGGUCAUCAUCAUCAUCAUCGUGAAAAGAUUAGAAGCGGUUUCUUGUGAAUAUUUGGCUUGAUUAGAUACGAUGUACUUCCGAUUGUCGUUGUGGCGCCUUGUUGUAUAAAAGUUUUGGAUCGCAGCCAGUUAUGAAUGAAACUCCUUGUUUCAUAUAUGUUCAACAGCAUCGCGCGCGCAUCCACAAUGGUUAGGAAACAACGCGAAAAUUGUUGUACCUUCCAUUCAUUCACAAAUUCUUUAUAUUGGCUCAUUCCCGAAAGGAUGUUUUUCAACUUCGGGUACUUUUUGACCCGUUCUGUGGUGUCCAAGUCGAUGGUUUGACGCAACCUGCCACCAUUUGCGUCGCAAUAUAGCUAAAAAUAGAUCCUUUGUGGUGCGCCUGUGCAACAUUUUCAUUAAUAAAGAAAACGUUGGAGCCAGCUAGAAUUGUUCAUUUCGCGUUAUGUUCAGUCAGAGUGUAGCUUGACACUGGACGAGACAUUUUCACAUUGCUCGCGCGUGUUUCCAUACAAAGACAAGUGAGACAUAAUUCCAAGAUUAUUGAUUUUUUUCGUCGCACACAAAAAAGUUGUAGCCAGCAGUUGCGAGAAAAAUGAUAAAAACACAACAUAUGGUGGUCUAAAUAGCUUGGAAAAACGAUGUAUUUAAUAUUUUUCAUUGGUUUGUGGUGUGGCGUGUGGCAAAAUGGUGAUGUGCUCGCGGAAUUUCCAGGUAUGCGAAAGCCACCUACGAGCGUCGAGUAUCCCGGAUAUCGCAAGGUUCCCUUAACUUGGUCUCAAUCCGACAUUGAAAAGGAUGCCAAUUUGGAACUUUUCAACCGUAUUCGACAACUAAACGCUCGGAUUCGUGUUUUGGAACAACUGCGACAAUUUGAGCGAAAUGAACAAAUCGAAGAAGAUCCAAAUGUGUCAUAUGGAACAAUACCUGAAGAACCGAAGCCCGAAGAAAUUGAGGAAAUUGCCGAUGUUUCAGACUACAUGACAAACUUGGAUGUUCCUGUAUCAAAGGAAAAUCCCAUUAAACUCAUGGGCACGGAAUUUGCAUAUACACCGCAAGAUCCCCGUUACUACUAUAGCGGUGAAAAAUUCCGACUACGUCAGAAUAUGAUACCAGCGCAACAGUUUGACAACGCGGAAUAUGACGCUGCGACAAAUGAAGAAGAGGAAAUUCCAUCGACGAAAAUUUUGAAGCAACCUGAGACAAAACAACCUGAAGUCGUUCCAACGUUCAAUGUCAAAGGUCCAAUAAUCCCAAAUCCAAAGUUACAAAAAACCGCUAAACAGGGCACAAAUAAAGACAAUAACAAUAACGAGACUGACAAAGUAGCAGCAGCAGCAGCAGCUGGAACAGAUCAAAAGAGUAAUGUGGUGCAAAAGCAGCCAAUUAAUCUCGACGAUGGAAUUGGAAUUUACGUUGUUGCAAUGAUAGCGGGUGUAAGUGCUGCCCUCACAGUUGCCGUAAUCGCCGUGGGCCUCGGAUGGUAUACCUUACGUCAAAAGAUCAAGGCAGCUGCAGAUUUGGACUAUCCAGCGUAUGGAGUAACGGGACCAAAUAAGGAUCUUCUCUACCCAUCAGGCGACAAGAAAUUUGCACAAAGUGUCGACAUGUAUCACUAUCAACAGCAAAAACAGAAAAAGAAUUCGCUCGAGAACAAAUCGAAUGGCGAAACAAAUGACGGCUUUUCAGACCUUGAUGGCGAAUUCGAUAUGGAUGACGGCGAUUACACAGUUUAUGAGUGUCCCGGAUUCGCUCCUACCGGCGAAAUGGAGGUCAAAAAUCCACUAUUUGCUGACGAACCAAUUACCGUAGCGACAAAACAUCAACCGGAAACUAUCACGACGGAAGAUUUCGUGGUCACAGAUGAAAAGCAGCAUUCACCGAACAACAAUAAGCAAAAUGAGAAACGCAGAUCACCAAAGAACAUAUCACCGAACAAAGAUAAAGCGACGUCAAAGAAAAAGUAAAGUUGGGAAUUGAACUUCAAUUAAAAUCAUAAAAAAAUACAUAUUCAAUAUUAUAAAUGGCUAAAAACAACAAAACUGAUAUUCUGUAAACAUCGCGACACUCCUCUCAUGUACACUCUCUCUUUAGCAAACUUUUUUCUAAAACCAGCCAAAUCUUUUUUAAAAUCGGUGUAAUAUAAAUAAUUAACAAAUAAUCUCUUGAAUUAUAAAUGUUUCAUAAAACAAAAAAAAAUAUAUGAAAACUGUAACAAUACAAAAUGUAAACAAAAGGACUUCUUUAUAUGACAAAAAAUAAGGGAAAAUGUCUAGCAUGACUCUCGUAAUUUAUUUAAAGACUAAUCUCUAUACUAU